UCGUUUCUCGUUUCUUUAUAUAAGACAAGGUUGGUUCAGAAGUCAGCUUUCUUAUUUCUUGGGAGAAAGGUGGAGGAAACAAUGAUGAUGUCCGAUCUUCCUUUAGAUUUGGUAGAGGAAAUACUUUCUAGGGUUCCAUCCACAUCUUUGAAACGAUUACGAUCUACUUGCAAACGAUGGAACGCUUUAUUCAAAGACCAAAUAUUCACUGAGAAGCACUUUCGUAAAGCACCAAAGGAGUUUAAGGUUCUCAUGUUGAAAGAGUAUAGGGUUUGUCCAAUAAGCGUCAAUCUCAAAGUUGCUCCUCUAUCUGUAGAGUUUAAGGGUGGACUUGGCCUAAAGGAUUCUCAUACUAAUUUAGAAGAAGUCGAUAUAUAUGCAGUUAUUCAAUGUGACGGUUUAUUGCUAUGCAUCACCAUUAACAACAAUAAAAGACUUAUGGUUUGGAACCCGUGUUCGGGCCAAACCAGGUGGAUCCAACCUAAAACCAGUUAUGAGUGGGACUCUAUGUUUUCUCUAGGAUACGAAAAACAGAAAUCUGGCCGGAGCUACAAAAUUUUAAUGUAUUGUGAUGGUGACGAUUACUCUCCACACGGACGAGUUAAUGAGUUUGAAAUCUUUGAGUUUAGUUCUGAUUCAUGGAGGGUGCUUGAUGAUGUCGUUCUCGAGUACUGCUCCAUUCUAUCAAUUAUUGGCGUCUCACUGAAGGGAAAUAGUUACUGGCUUGCUUAUAAUAAAAAAGACAACUAUGAUCAAUUCUUACUAUGUUUUGAUUUUACAGCUGAGAGAUUUGAACGUAUGUGUCUUCCUUUGGUUGUUGGUCGGAUGGCUCUAUCAGUUGUUGGAGAAAAACAACUCUCAGUGCUAAGUCAGAGCGAUAGUACAUCAAAGAUUGAUAUAUGGAUAACCAAUGAAAUUGAUAAUGAUAUUAAAGGUGUUUUGCAGUGGAGCAAAUCCUUUACAGUUGAUAUACCCUUCGGCGGUUAUAAUUAUUUGUUUUUCUUGAGUUUUUUAAACGACGAGGAGAAGAAAGUGGCCUUGUGUUGUGAUAGAAGUUGCCAAAUAGGCAAGAACAAGGUAUACAUUAUUGGAGAGGGCGAUGAAAAUUACACCGAAAUCGUUUAUGCAGAAUCUACAAACAAAUUGUGGUGGCAUCCAUUUAUUUUCAGUUAUGUUCCAAGUUUGGUUCAAAUCCAGCAAGGUAGAUGCAAAAGAGAAUAAUGAUAUUAGUCAAUCCUCCUCUAGAGGAUCUUCGUUUUUUUGUU